AGGAGUAGCCGGAAGUGAAUGGCACAAAAUGACGUAGGACGCCAUAGAGACAGCGGCAGUAGAUGCUGUCCCAUCACCAGUUCACACCCAACGGCUGGACCACCAUGAUAUCCAGGUUGAAAGAUCUACACUGAGCCUUAUUGAGCAACAUCUAAGGACAUCGGGGAACGGAAGUGGAGGACAUCACGUGCACGGGCGUCGGAUUGGAGGAGCAAACGUCUCUCCAGAAACGUGUCCAACUUGGACAAGAACACUGAACGCCACAACAUGUCAUCGUCGGUGAAAGAGGCCAACUACGUGGGACCUUACCGCUUGGAGAAGACGCUGGGUAAAGGACAGACAGGUCUUGUCAAGCUGGGUGUUCACUGUGUGACAUGCCAGAAGGUUGCCAUCAAGAUAGUCAACAGAGAAAAGCUCAGUGAGUCUGUUCUUAUGAAGGUUGAAAGGGAGAUUGCCAUUCUGAAGCUCAUAGAGCAUCCUCAUGUUUUAAAGCUGCAUGACGUCUAUGAAAACAAGAAAUACCUGUACUUGGUGCUAGAACACGUAUCUGGUGGGGAGCUUUUUGACUACCUGGUGAAGAAGGGCCGACUAACACCGAAAGAAGCACGCAAAUUCUUCCGACAGAUCAUCUCAGCCCUGGACUUCUGCCAUAGCCACUCCAUAUGCCACAGAGACUUGAAGCCGGAGAAUUUGUUGUUAGACGAGAAAAACAAUAUCAGGAUAGCGGACUUUGGCAUGGCGUCUCUGCAGGUCGGGGACAGUCUACUAGAGACCAGCUGUGGAUCGCCGCACUAUGCCUGCCCAGAGGUUAUCAGGGGGGAGAAGUAUGAUGGCCGCAAAGCAGAUGCUUGGAGCUGUGGAGUCAUCCUCUUUGCACUUUUAGUGGGUGCUCUACCUUUUGAUGACGACAACCUGAGGAAUCUUUUGGAAAAGGUGAAGCUCGGCGUUUUCCACAUGCCUCAUUUCAUCCCUCCAGACUGCCAGAACCUUCUCCGUGGAAUGAUUGAAGUGGACGCUUCCAAACGACUGACGUUAGAGGAGAUCCAGAAGCAUACAUGGUACCUAGCGGGAAAAAAUGAACCCGAGCCUGAGCAGCCCGUCCCCAGGAAGGUGGCCAUCAGGAAGCUCGCAGCAGCUGAAGAGAUGGACCCCGAUGUCCUGGAGAGCAUGCACUCUCUGGGCUGCUUCAGGGACAAAGACAAAUUGAGCACAGACCUGCUGGCUGACGAUGACAAUCAGGAAAAGAUGAUCUACUUCCUUCUACUAGACCGCAAGGAAAGAUACCCGAGCCAUGAGGACCAGAACCUGCCGGCACGCAAUGAGAUUGACCCUCCCAGGAAGCGCGUUGACUCGCCGAUGCUGAGUCGUCAUGGGAAGCGGAGACCAGAGAGGAAGUCGAUGGAGGUUCUGAGUGUGACAGAAGGAGGAUCGCCUGUACCGGUGCGACGAGCGAUGGACAUGGCAACUCACGGUCAGAGGUCACGGUCCAUCAGUGGUGCAUCCUCCGGUCUUUCCAUUAGCCCCCUCAGUAGUCCCAGGCCCAACCGGCGGUUUUUCAUUCCACCCCAGUCCCCAGACCUGUGUCAGUCCCCCAAUUGCAGCCCCGCCCGCUCCCCUGAAGUCCGUCUUAACGGAUUGGGGCCCCGCGCACCCAACUCCUUCCAGCCCAAAAUGGGCUCCCCCCUCAUGCACCCUCGCACACAGACCCUCCCUGCCAAGCCCAAAGUGUCUGAGAAGCCUCUGCAGACCACCAGGUCCAACCCUCUCCCCAACACCGCCCAGACUCCUUCCAAGUCUGAGCCCUCCACGCCCAACCAGCCGCUAGCGCCCUGUAUCCCCAACAGUCCCCGUGUGAGGCGACACCCUCCCCUUACUGUGCCACCCAAGCUGUCCAUCCCUUUGUCCCCCGUGCCUCCGAUGUCCCCCCUGCGCCGCCACCACCUCCACCCUGACCACAAUGGCAAAUCUUUCCCCAACACGCAGGUGACCCCCCAUCCUUCCCCCAGAGGGAGCCCUCUCCCCACUCCCAAAGGUACCCCGGUUCACACGCCAAAGGACAGCCCGACAGGCACGCCCAGUCCGACACCGCCCCCCAGCCCGUCUAUCGGGGGCAUGCCCUGGAGGACACGCCUCAACUCUAUCAAGAACAGCUUCCUGGGCUCGCCUCGUUUCCAUCGCAGGAAAAUGCAAGUUCCCACGCAGGAGGACAUGUCUAGUCUCACCCCUGACUCUUCCCCAGAACUCGCCAAGAAGUCCUGGUUUGGUAACUUCAUUAACCUGGAAAAGGAGGAGCAGAUCUUCAUCGUCAUCAAAGACAAACCUCUCAGCUCCAUAAAGGCAGACAUUGUCCAUGCUUUCCUUUCGAUCCCGAGUCUGAGCCACAGCGUUAUAUCCCAGACCAGCUUUCGGGCCGAGUACAAGUCCACGGCUGGUCCCACCGUUUUUCAAAAGCCUGUGAAAUUCCAGGUCGACAUCACCUACUCGGAGAGCAGCGGCGCCACUAAGGAGAACGGCAUCUACUCCGUCACCUUUACACUGCUCUCAGGUCCAAGCCGACGUUUCAAGCGCGUGGUGGAGAUCAUUCAGACCCAGCUGCUGAGUUCCAGCGAACAGCCUGGCAUCCAGCCCCAGAUCUCUGGCAGCCCCUUGAGUAACUUCUUUGACGUAAUUAAACAGCUUUUUUCCGACGACAAGAACGCCCAAGCGUCCCGUUCGCCCGCCGGGGCUCCCGUCACGCCUAGCUCCCCCGCCAAGCAUGCCAAGCCCAGCCAACCCCCCGCCAAUGACUCCAAAUCCCCCGCUGGCAAAGACAAAACAAAGAUGGCCGCCAGCAACAGGACACAGGAGCGUCCUUAAGGAGUCGUAGCCGUGCAUGUCUUAGUCGAAAAAAGACGACAAAGAGGAACAAGAAAAGCUGCUUCUGUUUUUAUACUCACUUCACUUCAUUCAGUAGGAAUUGUAGCUUUGUAGGCCCCGCUUUCAGGGGGGGCGGGAGGGGUCCUGUCAUGUUUGAUAGCUUGACUUGUCUGUGCCACCAGGGGUCAUCCACAAAAACUAUUAAAGUACGGCGGCCGGCCUGCUCGUCACCUUCAGCAAAGUCUUCAGCCGACCUCCUCACCUCCAUCACGUCACGUUCUCGUUCACGUUCACGCCGCCGGCCUUAAGACAGCGACAUUUGUCAGCGUUCACGCAUCUUCUCCUCUCUUUGAGGUCAUCCGAGGUUGGCUUGAAAACACGCAAAGAUGGACGUUCCGAAGAAGCGGUGGAGGAAGCGGAGACGCGUUUGGGAUUUUAUACACGCAUGAAUGAUCUCCUUUGUUGUGUCCACGACAUCGUUUUUCUAGAAAAUUACCGUACACGCAAAAACCGAUAAACGAUUCUAUGCCAUGACGUAGCUGUGUGCUACAUACCGCUAUUGGACAUGCGUUGUUACACUCGCAAACGUAAUAACUGCCCACAAACGUAAUACAAAUCUGCAGCUUUUAAUGUAAUAAUCCCGCAAAUGUAAUAAAUUUCCACAAAUGUAAUAAAAUUUGCAAACGUAAUAUUGAAUUUAUUAUAUUAAAUUAUGACAUUUUGUUUGUGGGUGUACAUGUGCGUUUUAGUUACAGUAUAUUAUUGUAUGUGUGAUUUUGGGUGUAUAUGGGGAAGAAAUAAUAAAAUAUAAUAAUAAUAAUAAUAAUAAUAAUUUUAUUAAAACAAUUGCAAUUAUCACAAUUAUGUUAUCUUUUUUAAUUUUUAAUUAAAAAAAUAUAAUUUAAUAAUUAAAGAUUCCUUUAAUGUAUUCAAAUGAUACUCUUUGAAUAAUAUUUUUUUUCCACAAAAAAAAAGAAAAAAAAGAAUUAUCUUGUUAAAAUCCUCAAAAUGACAUCUACACCUUCUCCUUCAUUAAAAGAAGAAAGAACAAACAACAACAACAACAACCACAAAGAUUAUUAUUUUGUCUCAUAUUACAUUUGUGGUAAGUUAUUACAUUUACAGUUUUUCACAUUCCCACAUAUGGAAUAAUUUCCUGCAAAUAUAAUAGUUAUUACAUUUGCAGGAAAUUCAGUAUUACGCUAGCAGUAGGCAAAUUUUAUUACGUUUGUAGGAAAUGUAUUACAUUUGCGGGAUUAUUACAUUCAAAGUUGCAGAUUUGUAUUACAUUUGUGGGCAGUUAUUACGUUUGCGGGUGUAACAUGCGUGAUGUUUUCCAUGUUCUAACCGUCCAAUCAAGUCCCUUUUUGAAGUAUUCAGACAAAAUAACCCAACAUUUAUGUAUAUUUCUCAUUUAAUAUAGUACAUGCUUUACACAACUAAAACGAUGACAUUUACAAUACAUGUCAACAACCUCCAUCUUUAACAUGAAAAAGCAUUAUGGAGUGCUGAAAAUAAACACACACACAUUCAAUCAUAUUUUGAGGACUCACAGACGUGGCCCUGUGACAACAAGUGUAUGAUUGUGAAAUUGAAAGUCAAAACAAAAUUGUUUAAAAAAAAAAAAGUUAGAAUACGUUUUGCUCUUAAUUUGACUUGUUGUGGUUCUAUUUUCAAAUAUUUAAACUUUUUUUUCCUUCAUGUUUUAUUUGCAAAUAUUUCAUUUUUUUUUUUUUAAUUUUCUAUUUUUUCUUGAUAUUUCUCAACCUAAUUUCCCCAAACUUACAGCUUUAAAAAAAGAAUAUUAACUUGGAAACUUGACUUUAAAAAUAUUCUUUCUUCUUUAAUAUUUCAACUGUAUGCAACUAAAAUUAUAGUAUUACAACUUUCUUGUUAGAUGACAACUUUUUCCUCUUAAUAAUUUGACUUUAUUCUUGUAAGAUUACUGCUGAUUUUUCUUUUUUUUUGUAUUAUUAUUUUUAAUUUUUUUUUUUAGAAUGUGCCGCAUGCCACAAAUAGCACCCAGGCCACCGUUUGGACACCCCAUCACUUGAAAUAUGCUAUAAUUGUAAAUGUCCAAGUUGUAGUGUAAAUCAUGCAUUAAUUUUGGCUUAUAAAGACUCCACUCUCCUUCCAAAGGGACACAGUUGGACAGUUAGAACAUAGUGAACACAUUUACUCAUUACAGCCGCUCACUGUUUGGAUGCUGAGUGGUGAAUAAAAAAAAAAAACUACGGGAACUAUGAUGAAUAAUCCAUACAAUACUCUAAACCAUCUGGAGUCUUCCUGGUCUGGAUGCAGGACUGAGAGAAUACUGAUGAUUGACAGUCGUGUCCACCUGCCUCGUUGCUCCGCCUCACCUGACCCAACACUUAUGAGUAGUCAGUUUUUAUGUAUUUAUUUCAUGGUUUAAAUCAGGGGUGUCUGUCUUUUAAAAUAUAACGUAACAGGAACAAUUACAACAAAAGUGCAGUAAUUCUACACGAAUUAAGUCAAAAUAUUACGAUAAUAUAGUUGUCAUUUUGCAAGAAUAACGUAUCAUGAGUUUUAAAAAGCAUAAUAUUAUGAAAAACAAACAAAACAAUAAAUAAAGUUAUGCUUUUGGGAAAAUAAGUUUGCUGAAAAAGUCAUAAUUAGUUACGGGAAUAAGGUCCAUUAUUAUGGGAAUAAAGUCAUAAUUAUGAAAAGAAAAUUUACAAGAAGAAAGACAAAAUAAUUUGAAAGAAAAUCAACAAACGGCUGCAAUUUUAUGAAAAAAGUCACAAUAUUGAGAAUUUUAUGAUAAAUUCGGAAUAUUCUUAAUAUUAUGAAAGAAAUAUGAACAAAAAAAUUUAAGUCGUAAUAUUGUGAGAAACAAACAACAAAAUGAACAAUAAAGCCAAAAUAUUAAGAGAACAAAGUCAUAAACAAGACAUUUUUUGUGCAAAUAAAAUAUUAGGGGGAAAAAAUUAAAUAAAAGGUUGAAUAUUACUAGUAUGUGUAACACAAAAUAAAGUUUGGAAACUUAGUUUGCAGAAAAAGUUAUAAUAUGUAAAUAAAGUCAAGAUAUGUCCAAAUUUAUGAAGGUUAUUUAAGAAGAAAGUUGAAAUAUUUGCCAAAUUGAAAAACAUACAAGCAAAAUUGCGGGAAAAAACCCCAAGUUGAUACUAAUCAUUUUCACUUAUUUGACAAAGCUGGGAUGCAGUUAUUUCUUGAAAUAUGUUAUAUAUAACUUGUUAGCAUUUGCUAGCGUCAAAGGGGACCUAUUGUGCUUUUUCCACUUUUCUGACCUAUAAAUGUAGUUAGAAUGUUGUUUUCUCGUGUUAAACCAUGCCAACGUUUCAGAUAAUGAGGUUUGCGCAAAAGAAAGAAGUUUGGGAUGAAACAAAAAGCUCUGUUUCAAAAGGCGUGGUAAAACUGCCCCUUUGUGAUGUCACAGAGGACCGGACAUCCAUAUAUGGGUGUGUCUGUAAGCAGAUAAGCUCCCUGCCCCCAAGAUCAACGGCAUUUUACAGUGAAAUGCUAAAAUGCUAAAGCUACUUACCAUCGAGAGAUGUCUUGAAGUAACCUCUUCUUGAGAAACUUUGCACUGUCCAGUCUCUACGACCGGAUCUGAUUCGGAAUCCAACACAUAUUCCUGUAUGUUAAAAGCCGACAUUUUCAAAAGAUAAAUUACUGUUUAUUAUCAACUCCUAGACCGUUUGCAGCUAGCGGCACAAACCGGAACUCCUAUUAAGUGCUCGCUAGUGUCACCAACCACAGUGAGGUGGGCGUGCCUGGAGGCGGGCCAUGGGUGGAAUACAUUAAAACAGACCGUUUUCGCAGGAAACCACAAAUAAAGAAAUCCAGCUGAAUAGGUGCAGAUUCUGGAAGAACUAGAACACUUUGUGUGCUGGUUAUUGUGUGUAGCUGCUCUAUAGGAGUCCACAAUUCAAUACAAAGGGUUCUAAUACAAUCCAAAAUGAGCAUAAUAGGUCCCCUUUAAAAAAAAACAUCGAUGUGGCCCUCGCUGGAAACGGUUCGGACACCCCCGGUUUAAACCCCUCAGUCUUUCUCUUAUGCAAUUUGAAGCCCAUCAAAAUCGGAAAAACUUGAACGUGGUUUUUGCAUCCGUGUGUAUGUUUGGUUUUUAUCUUGGAGUGUGCAGGCUUGAAUGAUGAGAUCAUAGCUAGAAAUAAUAAUAAGCAAGCACUUCCUGUGGUCCGAUGAUCAAUUCCGAUGUUUUUCCUGAUGCUUAGUCAGCACUAAACAUCUCAUUUUUCAACCUUUUUAUUUAAGUGUAUUUAUCUUUUUAUGUAUUUUGUGUGUAUUUUUGUACUUGAUUGUAUUUUUAAUUUAUCCUCAUGUAUUUAUAAGAAAUGAAACGAUGUUGUUAGGAGUGGGUGGGGUUCUAUUUAUUGGAGGGAAUGACUGACGUGCUUUCGGAAUGUAGACGUACGUACGUAGCCUCGCCUCGCCGAGAGGAGCAAAGCUUUUCUUGCUGAUUGUCAGCGUCUGUUCUCGAGUUUUCUCGUUUGCAUGUUCGGCAUUUGUCUUUUUUUUUUUUUUUUUUUGCAUGUGCGAAUUGAAACGACGACUUUGUUAUGUUGUUCAUGUGCAUUUCUUUGCUUUUUUUCCACCUUUCCGCCAUCUUGGCCUCUAAGCCUUCUUUUUGCUGACUGUGCAAACCAUGACCAUGCAAUUCUGCGUAUUUCUCCACCCACGUGGGACCUCGCUGGCGACCGGGUCCGACCUCAGCAAAUCAGAGAGGAAAUAAAAGCAAUAUCUUUCAUUAUUGGCUUGACUCGUUUUCUGCUUUGGGAAUGUUACCAAUGGGUGGCAGUGUUGGAUCGUCACGGCAACAAGUUGAGCGCUAAAGGAUAUCAAUCUGUUGACUUGACCACAUCACUGCUUAUGUUCAUUUUUUUUGGUCCAAUCAGAUUUGGGCUUCUAUGUAUGUAUGUUGCCGUAUCAAUUUUAUCUGCCCAGGGCCUUCAGAAUCAGGAGUGCUGGCCCAUGUCACUUCACUAACACUAUCAGAUUUCUGUUCUAUCUCGAUUGGUUGAUCACAGCAAGUGACGCCCACCAUGCUUGACUGAGGAAGAGAAAUGGACAUCUCUGGUGAGUUGAUGUUUACUUACAUAUAUUUAUAUGUUGUCAUUUUAUUAAUAGAUAUUAAUCGUGAAAUGCUUCAGGUGAUGUCGUAGCAUAGAUAUUUGGAGUUGUAUGACCCUUUAAUCCUUAACCUGCUUGACCUGCUUAGUGCGUUGUAUUUCGCAGCAUCACUCUAUCAACUGUUUUGAAGUAUUUAUGUAAUUAAGUAGUAAUUAAGUAUUUUCAAGCAAACAAAUAGCCUAAAUAAAGAAAAUACAAAUAUAAGGCAUUAGGAAGAAUGAUAAUGAGAAUGAUAAUGAUAAUAAUAAUUUUAUUAAUAGAUAUUAAUCGUGAAAUGCUUCAGGUGAUGUCGUAGCAUAGAUAUUUGGAGUUGUAUGACCCUUUAAUCCUUAACCUGCUUGACCUGCUUAGUGCGUUGUAUUUCGCAGCAUCACUCUAUCAACUGUUUUGAAGUAUUUAUGUAAUUAAGUAGUAAUUAAGUAUUUUCAAGCAAACAAAUAGCCUAAAUAAAGAAAAUACAAAUAUAAGCAAUAUAUGCAUCAGAAGAUGCAUUCAAAGACGUUGUGAUAAUACGUAGUAUUCUACGUCGAUCACUAGGUGUCAGUAAUGUCACCGUAAUGUUCGGUGUGAAACACAAGCACCAGACUAGAUUGCUGGAACAACUGGCCUUUAUUUAUUGCAGGUUUGAAUGAUCGCACAACAGGCACAAUAACCCCUUUUCACAUACGGCUGCAAGCUAAAAAAAAAAAAAAAAAACAAGUCUGAACUCUCGAUGUCACUUCCUGUCCACCUGCCACUCAGCUCCCCGAGUACUGGAACAUAUUUACAGUAACACACACAAGCGCAAGUCUUAUUUAUGUAUAAUGUUUUGUUAUUAUGCUAUGUUGGGUAAUAUGAAUUUAAAGGUGACUAUAGGGAUGCUAUAUCAUGUCUGGAGGGCUCUGAUAAUGUUAAAAACAUGAAAAAGUUUUGUGUGCGCUAACUAUUAAAAAAACUAUUAGAAGAAAAGCUUAAUUUUAAAGAAGGAAUCCUACAUAUCAGCGUUUCCCAUACAUUCAUUUACAUGUGGCGGAUCACCAUUAUUACAUUUCUAUUCUAUUUUUAUUUUUUAUUUUUAGAUGUGCCGUGUGACCCGCCCAUAAACACAUUAUAACAGGACUGUCUGAGAUUGUAGCUUGUUGUUCUGGAAUUAACUCAUUCAGUACCAAAGACUUAUUUAUACAUUAUUUAUUCUUAAACCCAAACGCUCGCUCCCAAAGAGGUGAUGAUGAAAGUACACAAUAAAAUAUGUUAUGUUUCAUGCAGUUUUAAGACAUAAAAACAGCCACAGGGUGGCAGAAGUGCAUUUGAUGAGAGCUCGGCGUGGAUCAUUUCAUUAUUUUUUAAAUGUGCUUGACAGCCAGGAGGAAGUGCGAGAGCGUGGAGGAGGUUAUGCAUGGUAGGCAAAUUUGAAUACAUGCACACGCGUGCACAUACGUACGUACAUAGUUCAGUUCCAAAUGUGAACGUUGAAAAUAGGUCGAAAAGUUAUGUUUGGAAAUAAAUUAUUUUUAUGCGUUUUUUUUGUGUUGUUCAUUUUAUGGAAAAGUUGUUUUUCGAUGUUGUAGCAGUGAAACUUUCUAAAGAACGGAAAAAGGUAGGAACAAACAUCAUGAGAUCUCAUCUUUCUCUUGGAAGAUUGCAUGUUUAUGUAUCUUGAUAUAGUUUAUAUAGCUUUAUAUAGUUUAUAAAGCUUUAUAUAACUUUAUAUAGCUUUAUAUGGUUUAUAUAUAGCCAUACAACACAAUAUUGUGUGUGCCUUGAAAAACCAGUGAAGAUACUCAGUAAAAUGGCCGAUACUGAAGGGGUUGAAUUUGGAAAAAUGGCUGCAGUCCAGCUGUUUUCUAUGUCGCUUAAUCGUCACUAGGAUAGACGGGGUACACCCCACCCUGGUUCCCUUAUUAUUAUUAUAUUUAAAUUCCCUUGUAUUCCCUUAUUCAAUGGCAGGGCAAUUGAAUGAGUUUUAAAAACAUUAGAAAAAGCCUGCAAAGGCAAAUAUUAACAUAUUGACGGUGAGCACCUCACCUGCCAUCAGAUGCCAGCCUAUGGAUGGUGUCAGCAUAUACAGUAAAAGGGACGGUGAUCAGGGCCGGACUUGGGUCCUGUUUGAGGACAGAGAAUGGGACAGUCGGGGCGGAGACACUUGCUCGUCUGCUGUACUUUCUGACGGUGUCAAAUCCGUGGGGGCUGACAGGGUCCUGAAGACGACUCUGGAGGGGGUGUCAGUGGGGUGGUCUGUCAAGCGUACAGAGUCAUCGGGGGGCUGGUAAGGCGGUGGCCCCGUCAGUGGGAAGUCAUCUGAGGUGUGCAAGGCCUGGCUGUGGAUAAUAAUGAUGCCAUCCGGGGAAGGCAGAGGGUCUAUGUCCUCCUCAUCAGCAGGACCAAGACCCUUGAGGUCUUUAGAGGGGCUGCGGUCUGGGUAUAUGGAAUCCGCCUGCUUGGAUGUGAUGUGGAGUUUCAGUCCUGCUCUGGGACAACCACUGGCUGAAGAUGUCUUUCCUCUGUAGGCUUCCACAGGCAGUUCCUGGCCCAGAGGCUUACACGGCAGCUCUUCAAGCUUGCCUGAGGCAACAAAAGGAAUCAUUCCAAAACUUUUAGUAUGGAGAGUGUUAUCUGUCAGGGUGUUCACCUGGAGGAGGAACAUCCAGCUUCAUCUUGCGCAGUUCAGUCAUGGAGGCUCUGAGGUGCUCCAUGACCACAUCGUCGCUGGAGAAAAAGGUCUGAGCGAUCCGCUCCUGAAGGAACUCCCGAAGCUCGUCCAAAGACAUCUUCAAGAGACGCUCUUCACAAAUAUCGUACAAACAUCGAGAUAAUAUGUUGACAUCUAAUGACAACUAAGUGAAGUGCUAUCAAACAAAAUAUUAAUUAGAUUAAUCACAAGGUUGCUGUAGAUUCAUUUUGAUUAAUCACAUAUCUAAUUCAUUUUAGCCACGGAAUCAAGUGUCUCAAGGGCGGCCUGAGGGCCAUUUGCGGCCCAGGAUUGUUUUUUAUUGUCCCGCCACACAUUCAAAAGUAUACCAAGAAAAAAAACAGAAAAAAAAUUCUGCAGUAAUUUGAAGAAUGAAAUCACAAUAUGAAGAGAAAAAAGUUGUAAUCCUAUUAUGUAAUUCAUAAUUACAAGAAAAAAAAGAAAAGAAAAAUUAAACAACAAAAAAUAAAAUCUCCAGUAAAAAGUCAAAAUAUUAAAAAAAAAAAAAGCCAUAUUCUAAAGUCAACAUUUUACCAGAUUAAGUCACAAUACUGUGAGGAAAAAUAAUUAAUUUUAGUAACAUAACUCAUUUUCUAGUGUUAUAAUCAUAAAAUGUGUUCAGGAUUGUGAAUGAUUUAAAAUGUAAUGUAGUUAUCGUAGUUGCACAUCGAAUCGUUUACCACAAAGAGAUUUCCUAUCUGUGCUUUAAUCUGAUAAUUUGGAGUUAACUACAAAUUAAUCGUGAUUAAUCGCAACCCGUUAUUUUAAUCUAUUGACACUCCUAAUAGUAUAUAUUUAUAUGUUUAUAUAAAAUUAUACAGACGCAAAACACAACAAUGAAGUACAUCCGAAAUUUCCAAUAGAAGCUGAUUGAUUGAGAAUAAAAACGGCAAUGAACGGAAAAGUUGUUAAGGGGUGAUUGAUAUCUUACUUUUGUGUAUCUUCAAGAUGGUGUAAGACAUGGCGCUGAGGAGCUUCUCUCCCUCCAGGAUGAAAACGUCCCACAGACGAAGGGUGAGCGUGAAUGGCGUCUGCAAAAAAAUCACAUCAUCACUUGUGGCUUCUCCUCUCCUCCUCGCCAAUAUCACAAGACGUGUUUGCUUUUGGUCCAGACCUCAGAGGCCCCACGCAGAAGAUCCAGUUCACAGACAUGUCAGUGAGAAAGAAGUGCUGACAGUGGUCCAAAGCUGCCACCACAGCCCUUAUUGCUGCUAUGCUACAAGAUGAAAUAUUACUGGCUUCUGUGGGAAAUAUACCCAUUUACAAAAGCUAUUGAUGAGUUUGUGUGGGCCUUUUGAACAUUUUUUAUCCAUCCAGUUGGAGAAGAGCGUAUUUGCUACACUAGUCCUGCCUCUGCUGGACCCCACGGCACUGCUUUCACACCGUUCAUUGAUGUUAUGACUCCUAUUCCAUUCAUUCAUUCAUUUUCUACCGCUUAUCCUCACGAGGGUCGCUGGAGCUUUGGGUAAGAGGCGGGGUACACCCUGGACUGGUGGCCAGCCAAUCACAGGGCACAUAUAGACAAACAACCAUUCACACUCACAUUCAUACCUAUGGACAAUUUGGAGUCACCAAUUAACCUAGCAUGUUUUUGGAAUGUGGGAGGAAACCGGAGUACCCGGAGAAAACCCACGCAUGCACGGGGAGAACAUGCAAACUCCACACAGAGAUGGCCGAGGGUGGAAUUGAACUUGGGUCUCCCAACUGUGAGGUCUGUGCGCUAACCACUCGACAGCCGUGCAGCUGGUAAAAUGUUCAUAAAGUAGAGAAAUCAACUUUGCAAGUCAUGCACUCAUCAUGAAGGAUAAAGAUGGUAUCCUUGAACAUGUACAAGGAUCUGCUCCUAUGAAAUGGACAGUGAUAACUAAGCAGCGUACCGCUUCAUUAUUGGCACUUCCUCCUCUCAAUCUAGCCCAUAGACUUCAGGGAUGAGACUGUAGACCAGAUUGACGGUCACACAAGUCUUGGGAGAAUGUGAGGUGGUCACAUGACACCAAAAUGGGGCAUUUCAUGCAUUAAGUGGACAGGACGUGUGUGCAGACAGAGAAACAUAAUGCUAGCAUAAACAUGGUCAACGAGGGUCAACUUAGUACAGGUAGUACACAACUUAGUACACAAAUACUUCCUUUCCGUAGGAAGGUUACUCACCCUGUCAAUGAAACACUGCAUGAACCAUUUGGGAGUGUAAAUGCCAGCCGACAUCUGUUCUUUGUCCUGCAUGGAGACACAUCAACCAAGCAUCAAAUAUGUUUGAUAUCAUUAUAUCCUGUUUGCUUGACGGCAUUAGCAUCAUCUCACCAGAUGUUUCUUCAGAUUAGGGAUGAGUUUGGAAAUAAUCUGAUCGUGAUGCGCCUGGAAUCGCUGAAGCUUUGGGAACCCGGGAACGAAGAAUCCUAGUAAGAAGAUGCAUACAAUACGUAGAUACGUAGAUAUUAUACACUAGCUCAGCCUUGAGGAAACGGGAGUUGCACAACACUUAGAUACAACUCAUGGAAAAUGACCGGGGGCACACGAUAGAGGCAUCGCUCUAACUCACACCAGUUUAAAAAAAUGUCACUUUCAUUUUCCAUUUUUUCUGCAGUAAUUAGCACACAGACGAGGGCCGUUCAGGCAUGAAGGAUACCCCUUGCAACAUCAUCACAGCCAGCUGCCGUUUGACAACCCUGAACAAACUCAAACUCCACUGUUCCAUUGAAGGAAAAAGCACCCCAGAUCAUGAUCACGCUCCCUCCACUGCCGUAUGUUGGAAGGCGUCUGAACCAUAAUAGUUACAUUUUGUUGUCAUUAAAGAAUAAAACUUUCAUUCACCUUUCAAUGUCUCAUGUUUGGUGAUCGACUGCAAAUUCCGAACGGACAAUUUAAUGACUGUCUUACUGGAUCCAAACUCCAAAGCAAUGGCAUGCUUCGAGAUGUUGUGGUCUUAUACUUUGGAUCAACAGAUCAACAACCUGUUUCACUUUAAAGCUUGUUUGCAAUAAAUUGCUUACGCAAACAUUUUAUUCUCACUCCCAUUUCUUCUUGAUACGUUUUGAAGCUCUACAUAAAACCUAUUUAAGAACCAACCCUGUAAAAUGUAAAUUCUUAAAGAGGACCUAUUAUGCUUUUUCCACUUUUCUGACCUAUAAAUGUAGUUAUAAUGUUGUAUUCUCGUGUUAAACGAUGCCAAAGUUUCAGAUAAUGAGAAUUUGGACAUUUGGAAUUGAGCCCUGAAAGAAGUUUGGGAUGGCUCAAAACGCUCUGUAUCAAAAGGCGUGGCAAAACUGCCACUUUGUGAUGUCACAGAGGGGCGGACUUCCUUAUAUGGUUGAUAGUUAAAAAGCACUUUGGCCGUGUGACCAAUCACAUCAGAGUAGGAAUGCCCAGAGGCAAAUUAAAAUAGACCGUUUUGGAAGGAAGCACAAAUCAAAGGAAAUACAGCUGGAAUAGGUGCAGAUUCUGUGCGGGUUAUUGUGUGUAGCUGCUCUAUAGGAGACCACAACUCAAUACAAGGGGUCGAAAAAUGAGCAUAAUUGGUCCCCCUUAAAAUUUUGAUCAGAAGUGUCCAUAGCGGUUGCUGCGCCGCUCAGAAAGUGAAAGCUAUGCUUGUGUGCCUGGAAAGUGAAAGUUUAAUAGUGUGAAAGUGAGAGUUAAGCCGGUGUGAGUGACACAAAUGCAUCUAUUGUGUGUCUUCCAGUCAUUUUUCAUGAAUCAUAUGUCAUGAACUCUAUCUACUAUCUACUAUCUACACAAGAUGCAUAUCAGUUUAAUGUUGUUGUUUUUUUUUUGCAAUAAAUUGCUUAAGCAAAAUAAAAA